AUGAUUCUUCGAUGUAUCCCAUAGUCAGGUAGCAUUCAGUACCUCGGGAUCUGGUGUCUACAACACAGCGGUAAUCUACCAGCUCUUGUUUGACAAGGUUUGAGUCCAAGUGUUUUAGGGAACUCUUCAAUGGACCAGUUACCCAGAGUUCCGCGGUCCGUAACCUGCCUUAAACUGACCGGAAGUCACUAUGAUAUUGGGUACGAACUGGGAAUGUGUAUUGGGAAAGAGAUCCGAGACUAUUUAGCUGAAAUGAGUGAUGAUAUCAACAAUCUGAAGCGAUACACCGAUUCUGCUGAAGGAAGGAAAACAUACGAAAGAUUCCUUAAUACCGUGACGUCACACUAUCCACUUUAUCGGAGGGAGUUAGAAGGAACGGCUGACGGUGCUGGAGUAGAAUUUGAAAAGCUUUUCCUUCUCAACAUUGAGCCCGAGUUGACUGCCUUAUAUGGUGACAACUACGUUGUGGAGGCUGCGCCCUCUUCUGACGAAUGUCGGCAUUACCCACAGUCCAAUGGAUGUACAGACAUCUAUAUCAGGAAUCCACAAACCAACACAUUUGUGUUGGGACAUUCUGAGGAUGGACCCCCAGCAAUGGACAAAGCCGGUGUCUGGCUGGAUGUAGAUAUCACUGAUACAUGGAACGGAAAAACAGUCAAGGAGAGGUUCAUGUCGUUCACCAAAGCCGGUUCCAUACCAGGAAGCAUGUUCAACAUAAUGGCCAAAGAUCUGAUGAGCGGAGGAAACAAUAUAUAUCAGAAGACAAUCAACAAGUCCGGGAUACCUCGACGGUUCUUCAUGCGUGCAAUUCUGUCGGCAAACAACUACCAAGACGUCGUAAACAUCGUAGAGAAAUCACCAGGGGUUUCGUCUGGGUUUAACAUCAACUUGAUUCACUCAGCUCCCAGCAGUGCCGGAUCCCCGGUCGACCCCGCCCCCAGCAGUGCCGGGUCCCCGGUUCACCCCGCCCCCAGCAGUGCCGGGUCCCCGGUUCACCCCGCCCCCAGCAGUGCCGGGUCCCCGGGAGGCCUGAUGUGUACGUGUAUAGAGAUAGCGGGACAUACAGACGGAGUCUGGAAAUGUAUAACUCCGUGUGGUGACUUCUUCACAAACACAAACCUAUUUAACCAUUUGACGGUACCCCAUUACCAGGAAGAAAGUUCGGUACAGCGUCAGCUAACAUUGGAAUCGUGGAGAGCGGAAUGUAAAGACAUAACAAAACGUGACGUCAUCAGGAUACUCUCUAACCAGGACAACAGCUCAUUCCCGGUAUUUAGGACGGGGGAGAAGCCGGACUAUAUCUCCACGGGGUGUGUAGCUAUAUUUGAUUUGAAUACCAUGGUAUUGGAUGUCUACAGCGACAAGCCUGACAGCACCGACCCCAUCAUCAACAUCGAUAUCAAACAUUUCCAGUGAUACCCAACAAAUGACGCCAGAUCUCAUGAAAGUGGUGUUAUAUUAUAAGCCAAUGUACAUAUAUUGGGUUAGGUUGGUGUCAUAUUAUAAGUCAAUGUACAGAUAUUGGGUUAGGUUGGUGUUAUAUUAUAAGUCAAUGUACAGAUAUUGGGUUAGGUUGGUGUUAUAUUAUAAGUCAAUGUUUAGAUAUUGGGUUAGGUUGGUGUUAUAUUAUAAGUCAGUAUACAGAUAUUGGGUUAGGUUGGUGUUAUAUUAUAAGUCAGUAUAUAGAUAUUGGGUUAGGUUGGUGUUAUAUUAUAAGAUAAUGUACAGAUAUUGGGUUAGGUUGGUGUUAUAUUAUAAGUCAGUGUACAGAUAUUGGGUUAGGUUGGUGUUAUAUUAUAAGUCAAUGUAUAGAUAUUGGGGUAGGUUGGUGUUAUAUUAUAAGUCAGUGUACAGAUAUUGGGGUAGGUUGGUGUUAUAUUAUAAGUCAAUGUACAGAUAUUGGGUUAGGUUCAAACCAAUUAUGAAGUUAAUUUCAAGGGAGUGAUAUAUUGUGAUCCCUUUUCGACGAUUUUAUAUGAGGACCCAUUUUUUUGUUAUAAUUUUUUUUUCUAAAACACAUAUAUCAUUAACAAUCAAUAAUUUUAAUAUAUCACCUGCACACUACUGCCAUCAUCUUUGAACAAUUAUCAUCACUACUCACAAUCAUCUUCAUCUUCAUCAUCCUCAUCAUAUCAUCCUCUUCCUCCUCCUCUUCAUCAUCCAAUCGUCAUCAU